AAUUAGAGUUAGAAUUAGAGGAAGAAGAUAUAACUAAACCAACAUAUACUACUAUUCAAGUUAGUAAUACUUUUACACAACUUGAGGACCAACUUAUAGCCAAUGUCAAAAUAGAGAAUAUUAAUAAUCCUCUCCAAUAUCAACUAGAUAAUAUAUUUAGACUUAUACAGAAAUAA